GCACACUGGCCGAGGAAUCGUAAAAGCCACGACUUCUUCCUCCUUCGUCCACCUUCGUCUCCCUCCCUUCCGCGCAGGCCGCUCACCCCCUCCCCUGCCUCGCCCCGUCGGAUCAUCCGCGCCGCUGCCCGCCCCCCGAGGAAACCAAAUCGGUCGGUCAGUGCUUCACCGCAGCGGCGCGGCGACGAUGUGGUGGCUGCCGCCAUGCUUCCACGGCGGCAACGCGGCCAAGGGGGAGGGCCGAGACCAGUUCGACCCCAACCCCGUGUCGCCGGCCGCGGCCUCGGCGCGGUCCAUGAGCACGGCCACGUCGUCCACGAUCACUGCCCCGUCCGGCUCCGACCUCACCGGCUCCAUCAACGCCUCCGACAUGAGCGCCGACUCCAUCCAGCGCCCGCAGCAGUACCCGAGCUUCGCCGACCGGCCCGCCAACCUCCGGGUCUUCACCUACGCCGAGCUGCGGGCCGCCACCCGCAACCUCAGCCGCUCGCUCAUGCUCGGCGAGGGCGGCUUCGGCUGCGUCUACCGGGGCGCCAUCAAGGUCGACGCCGCCGCCGGAGACGGGACGCCUCCCCCGAUGGAGGUCGCCGUCAAGCACCUCAACCGGAACGGCCUUCAGGGGCACAAGGAGUGGCUGACGGAGGUCAACGUCCUGGGCAUCGUGGACCAUCCCAAUCUGGUGAAGCUGGUAGGCUACUGCGCCGACGACGACGAGCGAGGGGCGCAGAGGCUGCUGGUGUACGAGUACAUGCCUAACCGGAGCGUGGACGAUCACCUGUCGGGCAGAGCAAUCGGGACGACUCUGUCAUGGCCUAUGCGGCUCAGGGUGGCUCUCGACGCCGCCAAGGGGCUCAAGUACCUGCACGAGGACAUGGAUUUUCAGAUAAUUUUCCGGGACCUCAAGACAUCAAACAUUCUGCUGGAUGAAGACUGGAACGCCAAGCUUUCAGACUUCGGCAUGGCUAGGGAAGGCCCGACGGAGGGCCUCACACACGUCUCCACAGCGGUGGUUGGCACCCUGGGGUACGCGGCACCGGAGUACAUCCAGACGGGGCGGCUGAACGCCAAGAGCGACAUCUGGAGCUACGGCGUGCUGCUCUACGAGCUCAUCACGGGGCGGCGGCCCAUCGACGGGGAGCGGCCGAGGGGCGAGCAGAAGCUGCUGGACUGGGUGAAGCCCUACAUCUCCGACACCAACAGGCUGCGGCUGAUCGUGGACCCCAAGCUGGAGGGCCGCUACAGCAUCAAGUCGGUGGCCAAGCUGGUCACCGUCGCCAACCGCUGCCUCGCCAGGCUGCCCAAGGCGCGCCCCAGGAUGGGGGAGGUGCUGGACAUGGUGCAGAAGGCCGUCGACGUCGACGGCGCCGCCGCCGGUGCUGGCGCACCUCCGCUGCACCACUACAGCAGCGGCGGCGGCAGGGAGGAGGGGGGCAGCUCGAAGCUGAGGCGGGAUGGCAAGAAAGGGUUUCAUGGCCAGUGGCGAGCUGGAAGAGGAAAAGGACCCCUCAUGUGCUGAUGCUGAUGCUAGUUUAAUUCAGGUGAUUGAUUAGAUUUUUCUAGGAUCUCAAUUAAUCCUAGUACGGCAGUAGUAUGUGUGUUGGUGGUGGUGUUCCCAGGAAGAGUCAUAGUGUGCAGUGUCAAUUGUGUGGAUAUGACAUGGCUAUAUAAUAUGGUUAGGUGAGUGAGUCAGUGAUUAUCCUAUCAACCAUCAUUAUUAAAAAGAAAAUCCCAGCCCUCCUUUUUGCUGUAAAAUUCAGCAUAAAGUCUUCGUAGACCUCUUUCCGAUGAAAAAAUCAUUUUUUUUGUGUAAUUCCAAAUGUGAAGCAAGUCUCCGUAUCUUAUUGGUGGGACUGAAUACU